UUAAAACUGUAUAUGACUACAUAGAAUUAAAACUAUGAUGAUUUGCUCCUGAAGAACCCCAAAAUUGACCUGACAGUUUCAGGUUGAUUCAAAUAGCUUGUUUUAGAUCUCAUCAGAUCUUGAGCUGCUGUGUUUUGAAAACCUGAAGUGAUGGAUUCAUGAUAGUUUCUUUGAUGCAAGACAGCAGCAUCAACAGUAAGACACAAGUCAUAUUGGACAAGGUGCAGAAUGGCCAGGGGGGCUUUUAUGAGACCCUCAGCAGCCAAAUUCAGAUGGUAUGGUGCCAGUCGGCUCAAUUCCCUAACUCUGCAUACGCACAAUGGCUGCUCCUCUGGCAGAGGUACGAGACUCAGGAGGUGUUGGGUAGUUGGCUUGGCCUCAGUGAUGGAUGUUCCUUCAGCUUCAAAUCAGCCCAGAUGGAGGAGCUGAUCUGUGGCUAUGAUGCACUUAGAGACUGAAUCAAUCUACCUUACUCCCCUUCUCCAAUGUGGCUAUUUAAAGAAGCAAUUAAUGUAAAAGAAAAAGACUCGCAAGUGCCAACAUCUGAUUGUGGGCUCUCAUAACCAGCAUGCUGAUUGAUAACUUCCUCUCUCCUGUCAGACUGAUUUAGGGUUUCUGGCCUCGCCUACAACGUCAGAUCUCUGUAUUUCACUCAGAUGGUCUAUGGUCCUUGUGAAAAUGCGGGCUAUUGACAAAACCAACGAUGACUAGCUAUUGAUUUUGUACGCAACAGUUCUGGCCCCUCCUCCUCGCCUCUGAAAGGAUAAAUGUAAUGACAGGAUGGACCUGAGGCAGUGGAUAUUGUUGCCUUGCUUUAGGUUGGACUCACAAUACAGCAAUAGUUUGUAACUAUACAAUGAGUACUAUGGAUAAGGUGACAGUUUAUUACAGCUGCUUGGGACUCCUGGCUUUGUUACUUCUGCAGGGAGUGCUCAAUGUGGAGGGGAGGAGCAUAUUUAACUCUGGAAACCAUGUUUAUAAUCCAAAAGAGGACACAGAUCCACAGAGCAAGAUCCUAGCCCUGUUACUACGCAAGAGCUUAGUUCCUGAUGAAAAGGACAGCCCUCUUGGUCUGGAGCUGGCCAAUAAAUUAGCGGAAUUAGAGGAGCUGCAGGUGCUGAGAGAGGACCUGGAGCUGGAGAGGGAGAUCACAGCAAAUCUAGCAGAAGGCAAAUCUAUAACCAGGAAGAGAGGGGAACGUGAGUCAAAAAAAUCUUGCUUCUGGAAGUACUGUGUCUGACAGAGGAGGAGCACUGCUUUAACAGUUUGCUGCAAAGCCCAACAUAGCCUUAAGACUCCAAACACCAGUAUUAUAAUCACAUUGUAUUUAUCCCAGCAAUAUAGAGUUGUAUCACAAUCCAAGUCAUCAGUUAACCUGUCAUUUCCACUUCACGGACGAGAGAUUUACAUAUGGAUAUACAUCUUUAAUCUGUAUUAAUCAGAUGUUCACUGGGAAUACUCGGAGGUCUGACAUGACUACAUGUUCCUGAUGGAAAAGACACUGUUCAAUUUAAUUAUCAGCAGGGAUUUUAUUUGCCUUCUCCUUGUGUUUUUGUCGCUCUCUUGUGGCAGAACUGCGCAUAACAUUUUUUGUACUACUGCCCACAAACAUCAUAUGUGACAUUGCAAGAAAGUCACUGCUGUACAUUUUACAGAUUAAAUACAAUUAUAAUGUGAAUAAGAACA